AUGGCUACAGAGAACAGCCAAGCUGCAGCAACUAAUUUGUUACAACAAAGCUCUACAAUCAAUAAUAGACCCAGCUGGGAUGAGCAAGUUUCUCAAGAAAUCGAAACAAAAACAAACAAUGAAAAACUGCUUACAAAUAAUGAGACAGACGCGUCCAGAUCUGAAACACGCCCAAUAUUGCAAGAAAACCAG